CUCCUUUCCCUAACCACCCCUCCCUCCCCCCAUCCCCCCUCUUUUAUAUAUAUAUAUAAAUCCUACAAGCAUCAUUAUCAUAUUAUAUCUGAAAUUUCCAGGGAAACCUCCCUCUAUAUUGAGCUAGAAACACAGAUUUCUGGGGAAAAAAUAUUAAAUCUUUUUGGUGGGAUUUUCAUUAGGCCUUUGGGAUUUAUAUGUAUACAUAAGUUAAGACACUAUGUUGUUGUUGUUCUGACAUUUGUGGGUCAGAAUUUGGUUCUAUUCUUCCUACAUAGGUAUGUUCUUAGCUUAGCAGACAAGCACUUCCAAAUUCAUUUCACCAAUUUACACAACAAAUUCCCUUUUCUUUUCUUUUUUUCACCCAAUCUUUCUUCACACAUUUCAGCAUCAUACAUAUAAAUUAAGGUGUGACACAUUCACCACCAUGAAUAAGGACUACAUGCUGAGAAUGAAGUCUAACAAGGCCAACAAAGUCUCCUCUCCCACCGGCGGCGGCGGCGAGGCGGUCGGAGGGUGGGAGGUCCGGCCAGGAGGGAUGCUGGUGCAGAAGAGAAACUCUGAUUUCAAUCACAAUGCCAACACUGUUCCAAACAUCAAAGUUAGAGUCAAAUAUGGCUCAAUUUACCAUCAAAUUGUCAUCAGCUCUCAAGCCAGUUUUGGUGAGCUGAAAAAGAUGGUGGCAGGGGCAACAGGGGUGCACACACAAGAUCAGAAGCUGAUUUACAAGGAGAAAGAGAGAGAUUCGAAGUGGUUUCUUGAUAGUGCUGGUGUGAGAGAUGGAUCAAAGAUUGUGUUGGUUGAAGAUGAAGUGAGUAGGGAGAGACGGCGCCUCGAAUCUCGCAACAAUGCCAAAUUGGACAAGGCAUCAAAGGAGAUUGCAGAUAUCAGAUUUGAGGUAGAUACCCUUGCAAAACAGGUGGCAACAAUUGAAUUGGAAAUUAAUGGAGGCAAGAAAGUUGUGGAGACAGUUUUUUUGAGUUUGAUUGAAUUGUUGAUGACACAGCUCAUAAAGUUGGAUGCAAUUGCUGCUGAUGGAGAUGUGAAGCUACAGAGAAGAAUGGAGGUGAAAAGGGUGCAGAGGUACAUUGAAACUCUUGAUAUGCUGAAGAUGAGGAAUUCCAACCUAGAAAAAGUGCAGCAAUACCAGCAGAUUUAUAAGGGAUCGAUAUCGAAAACUUUCCAAAAACAGCAAGAAAUGAAGAAGCAUGGGAAUUUCAAUCCAGGUCAAGUGGUGGUUACAACAAAAUGGGAGACAUUCUGAUUAAUUGAUCCAAAGCAGGUUCAGUUCAAGAAAGUUGCUGUGCUGAAAAACAUUAAUCCAUAUAAUUUUAUAUUAAUGGUAUAUAUAGAAAUUAUUAUGCACAUAUGUUUGUUUGUUAUAUCUUGAAAAUAUAUAUAUAUAUGGAUGGAUGGUCAUGGGAAA